AUGGUUGUCUCGGCACCGGAUGUUGCCCCAUGGGUUUUGUGUGAGGUGUACGUGAGCACGGAUUAUAGGGUCAGGAGAGUCCUCUGGCAGGAGAUCACCAGCCUUACCGCCCAGGGUGUCCUGACAGUUGUAGUUGGCGACUUUAAUUGCAUAUUGAGUUUGGGUGACAAGAGGGGCGGGGCAGCCUUUAUGGAUAGAGCGGACAGGAGGGAGUUUCGCGAUUUUGUGUCGCGUACUGGCCUGGUGGACUUAGGGUUCUCUGGACCUCAGUUUACUUGGUGCAAUAAUCAGCUCGGCAGUGCUAGGGUUUGGGAGCGUCUAGAUAGGGCCUUUGCGUCCUCGAACUGGAUCCUCCAUUUUCCUACUUGCAGGGUUAGUCACCUACCUCGGGUCGCCUCAGACCAUUGCCCCUUGCUGAUCUCCACAUCAUCGGGACCUAGUCAUCAUAGCCCCUUCCGCUUUGAGAAGGUUUGGCUAUCAUACCCCCAGUCCUGGGAUAUUGUCCGUAAGGCAUGGCGCAUCCCGGUGCGUGGAGAUGCUAUGCACCGGGUGUCGCGCAAACUAGAAUUGGCCAAGAGGCGUCUUCGGCGGUGGAACCGUGAGACUGUGGGUGAUAUCUUCCGGAGAGUAGAGGGGGUAGAGACUGCGAUCUCUGAAUUGCAGCGGAAAGAAGAUCUAGAAGGUGCGCUCUCGGUGGAUGAUAUGGGUGAUCUCCAGGGGCUUCUAGCGACCCACCACUCACUACUACGGCAGCACGAGAUCUUCUGA